AUGAGGAUAAGAAACACGUGUUGCUUCAGCAUUACCUCACCCAAGACUACAAUUCUUACGGUUAGGGUUUUCCUCGUAAAGAGCUGCCAGCUGGGAGACGAGAUUCAUUAUCUUCAUGCAAAGUCUCCACCACCUCAUGAACCCUAUUUGCUUCCUGUAACAAGACCUCAACAUGAUUCUCAAUGUGAAAGCCACAAGGUUGAAGAAACAAAUGAUAAUCCUCUGGAUCAUAGCUAUCCAGUUUGCUUGAACAUUGUUCCGUUGCGACCCCUUGCAAGAGAACAGCUGAGGAAUAAUAGAGGAAAAAAGAAAUCGAGUCAAGAUCGUGCACAAACACAAGGUGCACGGACUAGGGAUGUACCAAGACGGCAAAGACAAGGAUAUUCUGCACUAAGAAUUCGAGCGGACAUUAAUGAUCCAAAAGUGGCCCGUGGAUGCUCGUCAGUCUAA